ACAGAUUAAAAUUUAAAAUUGUAUGUUACUACUGUUAAAAAGUAAUUCAAUAUUUUUUGAAAUUAAUAGAGGAACUACAAUAAAAUAACAAGUGGAAUAAAACGGAUUUACAAUUAACAUCAAAAUUGAAACUGAAAUAUAAAGUUAGAACUUGAUUUGAAUAGGUGACAAUGCAAAGGUCUUUGAGAUUAAAACGUGAACUUGAACGGUUUGCUCGGUAUCCUACAGAAGGAAUCAGUUGUUAUCCAAAAUCUGAUAAUCUUGAAAACUUUGUGGCAACAAUUAUUGGACCACACGGAAGCCCUUAUAACGGGUGUAUUUUUCAAUUAGAAAUUAAUAUCUCUGAAAGGUAUCCGUUUGAACCUCCACGGAUUACUUUUCAAACACCUAUUUAUCAUCCAAAUAUUGACAACAAAGGUCGUAUUUGUAUGGAUCUGUUAAACAUGCCACCUAAAGGCAGUUGGAAACCAACUGUCAGCUUAAAAAAUCUUUUGGAUGCUGUACAAUGUUUACUAGGAAAUCCAAACCCUGCCGACCCUUUGAUGGCAGAUAUAGCACAAGAGUACAUAUAUAAUAAGCAAGAAUUUGAAAGAAAAGCCAAAAAAUAUGCAGAGAAAGCAAGGAAUAAUCUAUCAUAAUUAAUUAUAAGUAUUUUUACAUAUAAGAAGAAUGCCAAAAAGAUAUUGUUCUCAGAAAGAUAUUAUUUUGCAUUAAAAGUUUGAACAUUC